CUACCACCUUGGGAAGAACCUGGGCGACGGCAGCAACGCCGGCAAUUGUAUCUCAAACCCACAGCUCCUGGCUGAGCGACGGAAGCGCCCAGGGUUUGCUGGGGGGAGUGAGGCGCUUCGUCCCUCCCCUCUGUGGCGGCGGGUGCAGCCUGUACCCCCCGCCUGGGUGGGUUGCUGCGGGGGGGUCUCCCCCCCGGUGUCGCUCUCCGCUGGUGGAUGCCGCAGACCCCGCCGGAGCCCGAGAGGACGCGCUGGUUUCUGAAGAGCUGAGUGGCUUGCCAUGGGGAACCAUGUAGGAAAACGAGAUCAGAGCGCUGAGAAGCCUAUUAAGGAGACAAAAGUGGAGGAAGUGGAGGAAGCUGAAAAUAAAGCAAGCCCUAAAUCAACCAGACUAAUCAGACAACCCUCAGAAGAUAAUGAAGUGUUUGGAGAGGCAGAUGUGAACCAGAACAAUGGGACCUCCACUAAGAGCACAGCGGUGACAGACUCCAAGGGCACAGCAGACUCAAAGAAUGCCUGGAAGGAGGCCAACCCAGCUGACACGGUUGGUCGCCCCCACUUGAUCCGCCUCUUUUCCCGAGAUGCCCCAGGAAGGGAGGACAACACCUUCAAAGAUCGGCCUUCAGAGUCAGACGAGCUACAGACCAUUCAAGAGGACAGUGCUGCAACUUCAGAGAACUCGGAUUUGAUGGCUUCACAGAAACGCUCCUCUUUCCGGCACGGAUCAAAAAUGGCAACUGCAAGCACCAUAGACCAUGCUAGACAUGGAUCUCCAAGGCACAGAGACUCGGGUCUACUUGACUCGCUGGGCAGAUUCUUUGGAGGUGAAAAACAAGUUCCCAGGAGGGGCUCGGGCAAGGACAUACAUGCAGCCAGAGCUAGCCAUGUAGGUUCCAUGCCCCAAAGGUCUCAGCACGGGCGGCCUGGUGAUGACAACCCAGUAGUCCAUUUCUUCAAGAACAUCGUGUCACCUAGGACACCACCCCCAGUGCAGGCAAAGGGGAGAGGAUUAUCCCUCGCCAGAUUUAGCUGGGGAGGUGAAGGACACAAGCCAGGGUAUGGAGGAAGUGGCAAAUUCUCCGAGCAUAAAUCUGCUUAUAAGGGACAUAAGGGAUCAUACCAUGAUGGCCAGGGCACUCUUUCCAAAAUCUUUAAACUGGGAGGAUCUGGUUCCCGACCUGGAUCACGGUCUGGUUCUCCAGUUGCUAGACGCUGAAGUUCUAAGACGUCAUUCAAGGACCAUGUACUCUGCUUCAUAAGAUAACUACCUAAAAUUUUAAUAAUAAUUGCAAGAAUUACAUAGAUAGAAACAAUCUGUUACUUAAUGUCAUUUGAGUUGUGCAUGCAUUAGGAUUAUAUAAACUUCUAUUGGCAAUCCCUGACCAACAGUUGAAUGAAAGAAACAUACAAAGUAGCUUUAUUUGCUAUCUUCAUUUUUUAAGUAAAAUAGCAAGAUCCCCCACUUUAUUCAUUCUUCUUCAGGAUGUCCCAACUGCAUGUUAGAUUUUAUUUAUUUUUUCUCCAAGCCCCACAAGUCUUCUGAUUUUUUUCACUGAACACCACAAUUGCAAAUAUCAGGAGGGGUAGCCGUGUUAGUCUGGACCUGUAAAAGCAGCAAA